UUCAAAAACCCAAAAUCCCAACUAAGCCUCAUUUCCCUCCACCAUGAUAAUUUCCCACCUCUCAAAUUCCCCUCAUCCCUCCUCUCUUCCCCCAGCACCCACUCCAAAAUCUCCAACCAAAAUCCCCAAACAAAACCCUAUCCCUAACGCUAGCCCCAUCCCUAAUUCACACACAGAGAGAGGCCUCAAAUUCACUGUUGGUGACUCAUUUUUCCGGCAUGAGAGUUGCGCAGGUAGAGACCUUGGUGUUCUUGCUGCUGCUCUUUACAAGAAAACCAAGGGAAAUCUCAGAGUUUUGGAUGCUAUGUGCGGUUGUGGAAUUCGUUCUUUAAGGUAUCUUUCUCAAGCAAAUGCUGAUUUUGUGUGGGCUAAUGAUGGUAAUGAAGAGCAAAGGAACACAAUUCUCUCCAAUCUUAAGCAAGAACAUAGGUUUUGGAAACAUGGGUUUGAUAGAGCUCACCAAAGUAGGGGUUAUGGAGGAGAUGGAAAUGGUGGGUCAGAUGGGUCUCUGAAAAAUAGGGUUUUUGAUAAUGGGUCUCUUCAAAUUGGGGUUUCUGAUGAUGGGUACGAUGAAUUUCAGAGAAUUAGGGAUUUUGGAGAAGAUGGUUCUCAAGAAUUUAACCUUUGCAAUGAUCAUUCUCAAAGCAAGCCUUCUGGAGAAGAUGGGUUUUCUCGGUCUCACGAAAUUGGGGUUUUCAGAGAAGAUGGUCACAAUUGUUCUCAAGGUAGUGGGGUUUUAAGAGAAGAUGGUAGAGAUGGGUCUAGAGGAUGUGACAAUUUUAGUGAGAGAAACAUUGGAUUUGAAGAUAGAAGGUGGGUUGUGACCCAUUUUGAUGCUACUAGGUUACUGGUUGAGAGGUAUUUGCAGAGGGAUUACUACGAUCUUAUUGAUAUUGAUUCUUUUGGUAGCGAUACUACAUUUUUGCAAUCAGCUUUCUCUUCAAUGAAGCUUGGGGGUUUGAUGUAUAUUACUUCUACGGAUGGGUAUUCAUCUGGAGGCCAUCGCCCUUAUCACACUUUAGCUUCAUAUGGAGCAUAUGUUCGGCAUUUUCCAUAUGCAAAUGAGGUUGGUUUGCGAAUGCUUAUAGGUGGGGCUGUGAGGGAAGCUGCAACAUUGGGCUUUUAUAUAUUGCCUCUUUUCUCGUAUUAUUCUUACCAUGGCCCCAUAUUCAGAGUUAUGCUUCGAGUGCAGCGUGGAAAGCUUCCUGAGAGCCACUAUGGAUUCAUCAGCUACUGCAACAAGUGUGGAGACUCUCAAGCAUUUUCUUGGGAUGACCUUGGGCAAAUGUGUUGCGCUUGUAGCAACAAUCAUGUGAGACUGUCUUGUGUUUGUUACACAGUCAUUUCACAUGGGGACUCUCUCUCUCUCUCUCUCUCACUCAUUGCAAGAGCUCUCAUCCAGCAUUUUCUUGGACUCUCUCAGGUUUCUCACUCACUGGUCGUUUCGGGGCCACUCUGGACGGGCCCCCUUCAUGAACCAGUCACUAUAAACAAUAUGCUAGAUUUGGCCAAUCAAUGGGGGUGGAUAGGCCCGGAUUCUGGGGACACCCAUUUAGAAAAGCUCAUGAAAAUGAUGCUCGCUGAAUGCGAUCCCAGAUUGCCAUUUGGGUACAUCAAGCUUGAUGAGGUGUCUCGUCGAGCAAAAUUGAACACACCUGGGGUCAAUGCCAUGAUGAAUAUACUCCACCAGGAGGGCUUUGCAGUAAGCAGGUCACAUAUUGAAGCCAAUGCUAUCAAGACAAACUGCCCGAUGACCACUUGUAUUCAGUUUGCGAAACAACUCAAAGGACAUUAAACCAAACCCGAAAACCCGAAAACCCGAAGGUUCACUGCUACCUUGGAUGCAGGCUCAGCUCGACUGUGCCAUUCACAUGAGAGAGGGAGAAAGAGAACUGAAUAUGGGCCUGCUUCAUGUAUUCUAGAAGACAGAACCUUGUCACCAUAUGUGAAAAGGAAGCAAAGGCAAUCCAUCGAGAAAGCAAUGUUACUGAUAUGCAAGAGAGGCUCUUGAAGAUAGGAAAAACAUGUAACUGAUAUUUAAGAGAGUCUAUAGAAAGAGGGAGAGAACAUGACAUCGCAUUUUUGGAUCAAAUGGAAGAAAAUGUGUAAUCCUUUUGGGAAAAAUGCUACUUUCUUUGGGGCAGAAGAAAACUAGAGCCUUUCAGAUCUCGGAUCCAUUUCAACACGGAAAGUCAACAGGGAAAGUGGAACUUUCAUGUUUCUUUUCUCUUUC